GGCCGGGUCGGUGAUCACCGGCGCCAUGGGAAUCCCUGGUUUGACCGGCUUCGUGGAGGAGCGUGGGGUGUUCUUCACCGAGCUGCGUGUGCGGGACACCAAGCUGGUCAUCGACGGGAGCAGCCUCUACCACCGCCUGUGCUUCGCCUCCGCUACCGACUUCCGCCGCGGCGGCGACUACGGCCUCUUCGCGGCGGCCGUGGGCGACUUUUUCGGCAGCCUGCGGGCCUGCCGCGUCUCCCCCUUCGUGGUGCUGGACGGUGGGCGCGGCGCCGACGACAGGAAACUGCCCACGCUGCGGGGCAGGGCCGCCGAGAGGCUGCGGGCUGCCCACGGGCUCUCCCGGGGUGAAGGCGGCUGCCUGGUGCCGCUGCUGACCCGUGAAGCCUUCGUGCAGGCGCUGGGCCGGCUGGGAGUGCCCUUCGUGCAGUGCUUCGCCGAGGCAGACCGGGAGAUCGCCGGGCUGGCCAACCGCUGGGGCUGCCCCGUCCUCUCCCUCGAUAGCGACUUCUUCGUCUUCGACCUGGCCGGGGGUUACUGUCCGCUGAGCCACUUCCAGUGGCGGAGCGUCUGCCCGGGAGAGGGGCCGCGGGGCUGCUACGUGCCCGCUCGCUGCUUCUCCGUGGAGAAGUUCUGCGGGCAUUUCGGACCUCUGAAGAAAAGCCUCCUCCCGCUCUUCGCCGUCAUGAACGGGAACGACUAUGUGGAUCUGGCGGCUCUGGAGGGAUUCUUCUGCAAAGUGCGCUUGGGGAAGGGGGGGAAACUGGGGAAGCACGCCCGCCUCCAGGGGCUUCUGAACUGGCUGUCGCAGUUCGCUGAGCCCGGCGAAGCUGUAGACCAUGUGCUGAAAUACCUCAAGAAACACGAGAGAGAAGAAAUAAGGGACCUUCUAUGCACUUCGAUGGAGGAUUACGCUCCGUCUGACGUGAAUCUUGAAGACUUUUUUCAGAAUGGAAAGUAUGAAUGUGAGGCUGCCAGCAAUGCUGACUUACCGCAGUGGGUACUUGAUGCUUUGGCAAAAGGUAAGCUGGCCCCCUUCAUCAGCGAUGCCCUGAUACUAAGGAGUACUUUCCUCCACGUUCAGGUGGAGAACAUGCAGAGACCUAGUGCACAUAGCACAGCUUUGCCUAUUCGACAAGUUAUCUAUGGACUUCUGCUGGAAACACCUCAAAGUACUGAAGCUGCUUCUCCAAGUAAGCAGACCCACGAGCUGCCAGUUGUAUGUGAAUUUGAUAGACUCCAAAAGACACUUAAAAAAAUAUUUGUUCAAGCAGCAAGCUUACCCACAGAUUUGUGUGAUGAUCAUUUUCCUUUGGACAAGUUAAUGGAGGUGCCCACAUCAUGCCGUCAGAUGCUUUUGUUCAGGACUCUGGGAGUGAAAAUUAAUUUCCUGGAAUCUAUCCCCAGUCACUUACAACUCCCUGUUGCAGUAACCUGUUACUGGAUACGUUGUUCAGAACCAAAAGUUAAAUUGCAUCAAUUAAAGGCUUUACUUCUAAUGAUAGUAUUUGAAGAACUGCACAGGAUAAUAAAUGAUCCAGAUCCCAUAGUUGUACAUGCUGAAGAUGACAGUACUGCAUAUAAUGAAUUUCUAAAAUGGAAAGAAAAGAAAUUGCAAUAUAAAGACUUUGAUUUAGAUGCUGCACACAGUUUUUGCCAGUGGCAAUGCUGUCUUCAGAUGGGAUUGUAUCUCAACCAGCUACUUUGCACUCCUCUCUCUGAGCCAGACCUAAGGAGGCUUUACAGUGGGACCCUUGUGCACAGAUUGUAUCAAGAGCUUAAAUCAACUCCUUCAGUGGAAAAUCUGUUUAGUUCAUCUCCAAAAAUGACUCGGCUUUAUCAAGCAUUGUUAAAUACAGUGGAGUCAACUGUACCUCCAGAUUUCUUUCAGAAGAUGAUCAAGCCCAAAUCUGAGUCCUGCAAAAAGAAGAAAGCAUCUAAAAAGAAAAAAAAAGCUGUUAGGUAUGCUGUAGCAGAAGCUCAGCAUUUUUGCAGUGGUAAUAGGUUUGCAUCACUUGGAGUGGAUGACUGAAAGCAUUAUUCCUGGAGUAACUUUUAAUGCCAUGUAGAUGGAAGAAAUUGUAUUAAAAUAGGCAGCUGUUAGGAAUGUGCUCAGAUGUUUUCACACAAGUUCCUGGUUCAAGUCUUCACCAGCAAAUCUUGCUCUGGGAAAUGUUUUGUUUACUUUUUUUGUAACAUUCUGAUUAA